AUGAACUGGCACCAUGAAAAUGUAAGACCGUUUCAAAUCAUGCAUCCCCUGCUUGGUUCACCAAAUUGUAGGAUAGCUAAACAAGCAAGACGUAAAGCUGAGCGGAAAUGGCUGAAAUCUCAAGAUAAUUGUGAUUUCGCCGAGUAUAAGAUUCAAUGCAAAAUUUACCACCGUACGCUUGAAGAUACUCGGGUUUCUUACCUCCAGUCUAAGAUCGACGGAUGUGGACAUGAUCAGAGAGCUCUGUUCAAACUUGCCAACAAGCUACUUGGUAGGACAACCGUGGAAAAUUUACCACCAUCAUCCAGUAAGCUUCAGUUGGCUACUGACUUUAACACAUUUUUCGUUGAUAAAAUCAAACGUCUGCGUCAGAGUAUCUCUAUCAAAUCUAAAGUUUCAUCUUUCACGGCCGCAUCUCAUCCCUCAUGUCAUAUCACCAAACUUGAAAGCUUUGAGACAGUCAGUGAAGACACGGUUGCAAAACUUCUUAUAUGUAUGGCACCGAAAUUUUGUGAUUUGGAUCCUUUCCCUACCAAGAUUGUUCGUCAACUCAAUUGUGCUGUCUCAUUAUUUCGUUCUCUUGUCAAUUCGUCCCUAUCCUCCGGCAUUUUUCCUGACUUAAGAUUGGUUAAGUUUUUAAAUUCCAAUAAUUUAUUUUAUUCUUACCAGUCAGCCUUUAGAAAAUCACACAGUACGGAAUCUGCUGUAAUGAAAGUUAAUAAUGAUAUUUUGCAGGCCCUUGACAACGGAUACUGUACAUUAUCAGUGUACCUCAAUUUGUCCGCCGCGUUUGAUACCAUCGAUCACAGUAUCCUCAUUGAUCGACUUUCAGCUUUAGGGAUUUCUGGUACAGUAUUAACAUGGUUCAACUCUGACAAAAAAUCUAGACAACAGUCUGUUAGAGUGGAGUCAGCCAUUUCAGUUCCAGUCCCAGUGAAUUUUGGUGUUCCUCAAGGUUCUACCUUGGGGCCCAUUUUGUUCCUUAUUUACGUACGUCCUCUUGGUGACAUCAUUCAGAAACACAGUAUUAAAUAUCUCAUUUAUGCCGACGACACGCAAUUGUACACAUCUUUUUAA